AUGCUGAACUUUGGACUUUCAGGCGGAAUGGAUCCGUGCGGCACGUCCUUGGCCUACAAUACGUGGUAUGGUGCAUGUGGGUAUUUGCACUCCCUACAAGUGCAAGUGGCGUUUGCGGUUGGUUGCCGUAAACCGCCGGGCCUUGAUGUGCAGAGUGCCUUGCCGGGCCUCCCAUAUAUUGUUGAUGGUUAUGCAAGUGCCCAUUCUGACGCUGUAUCUGUCUUGUACCUCCCUCUGCUUAGUCAGGUUUUGCAGUGGCUCCCCCAUGUUUCCAAGACGGGCCGGACAUGUUGGAUGACUUUGGCUGGUGUGGAGUUUUGGGGCUGCGUUUACCUUCCCCCACUGUCUUCCGCAUGGAAGGAGGAACGCCUUUCCUUGGUACCUGCAUACUUUGCCGAGUGGGAUGAAAUUGAUGCUCAGAGAAGGAAGCAAGCAGGUGCUGAGACGCUAUCACUGAUGCAUGGAUGUGGCGACCUCAACAUGUCUUCCGAUAUCUACGAUGCCUUGGUGGCGAAUAUGGUACGACGAGGCAUUAACUGGACGUCGGACACACAGCCUCUGCAGCUGUGGGGCAAGCUCUCGAGACUUGCAGCUGCACUUUGGCCCUGGGCCAAAUUGUGGGGCGCAGAAGAGCAAAUUUACACCCUGGUGGAAACAUUGUUCUUGAUGACCUUCUGUGUAGCACUCGUGCAAGCGUUCUGGCGAACGGCGCGUUAUCUGAAUUGGGAGGUUACCCUGCUUUUAUAUGCAGAUGAUCUGGUAGUUUUGGCAGAGACUCGCCAAGAGCUGCAGCGUGCUCUUGAUGCCAUCGGUGCUUGGGGUGCUCGCUGGCACUUCUCCUUUGGGAUUGGCCCUGACAAAACAGCCGUCCUUGUGGUUGGCAAUAGGUCCGUGGACUUCCACUUCUCGCUUCAGGGCUCUGUCGUCCCGGUGGUAUCCGAAUACUGCUACUUGGGUGUUGUCUUCCAAGCAUCCAGAAAGUGGAAAAAGCAGACAGAUCGUCUUCUUGAGAAAGGUGUGCGCAAGUUCCACCAAUCUAUUGCUUGGGCUGAAAACCGCGGGUUGCACACCGGUUUUCGCCGCAGCCUCUUCCAAGCUUAUGCGCUGCCUUCCCUACUACAUGGAUCUGCUUUCCUGGAUGACGGAUGUGUGCGCCGGCUUGAUAAGCAGGUGCGGCAAUGGGGUCGCCGCUUAUUGGGUUGGCCUGCAGGUGCCCCAAGUGCAGCAGUCAUAGGUGAACUCGGUUGGGCCCCUAUCUCUGUGGAAGUCCACAAAAUUCAAGCAAGCCUAUUUGGCCGUCUUUGUUCAGCUGACCCGCAUGGUGCCCACCGCAGUCUUGCUGCUCGCAUUUUUUUCGAUAUGCUCUUGGAAUUCCCUCCUCUUGGGCGCAUCAAGUUCGGUGCGGUCUCCGUAAUGCCGGUAUACCUUUGCCUGUUGCCGCCGGAGUCGUGCCUGGCUGUGACUACCGGUCCCUUGCUCGUUGGAAGCACCUUUGCCCGGCCGGCCCUGGACCAGCUUGGUUUCCAACUUCGUCAGGUUGAGGUAGCGCAGCUUAACUCUUUCACACUUUUCAAUCUGUGUCAUCCUUGCCUCAACUUUCGUUCAGAUAUUCAUUCUUCCAAAUUGCCAACGCAUGUGGUAAGGGAGUGGACACUUGCUCGAUGCCGCAAUCAUCCCUGCAUUGAUGGGCACGCUGCUCGCCAGUGGUUUACGUCACUCCUGCCUGUGCGGGUCCGAUGA